GGGAAAUGUUUCCGGAGCCGGAGUGGCGCGAAUCGAGGCACAGCCUGCGGCACGGGCCGGGGCGGGUUGUUUGAUUUAGGCCCGCAAGCAGGGGCGGGCAUUAGGCAGCCAGCGGCCUGCCCCUUCACGCCCGGGGUGUUUGUUGGCUCCUUGGCACCGGGGCCCAGGUGUUUCCUCAUGGAUUUGGGCACGGGGGGGCGCGCGCGCAGUAGUGACCCAGAAUGGGGCGGCAGGGAUUUCCUCUGCGCUGCCGUGAAGAUCCUGACUGCGGAUGGCGGCCCGUGUUUCGAAGUGAUCUAUAACACAAAAGGUAAGCGCCGCAGCUUUUGGGGCUUGCUUAGAAACUUCGCCGGCCCGUCGUUUUGUAUGUUCGGGCGCCCGGCGCUGGGGUCGCCGCUUUAUUUGCCGGGGCCGGAUUCUUGGGAGGACCUCACGGCCUUCAACCCUACGCGGCCAAACAUAACCACGGCAAAACGCGCCAAGAGGUUGAGCGGCUUCCCGUCUUGGCGCGGCAUUUUGCCGAGGGCGGCGCCCCUUUCUCUGGUAGCCGGGCCCCGCCAGUUCGUUGCGCGACACCUUUGCGGGGGUAAUUCCGUUAAGCACGCAGGGGCCGCGACCCCAGGCGGAACGAAGCAAGCGGCCCGCCGUUUCUUUUGGUGUGUGAAAAUAAAUAAGCCCGGGCGGAGAGCUUGGCCGCAGGAUCUUGGCUAGCUAGGUCGGAGGGCCGGCGGGCCUUUUUCUUCGGAGCGUGGAGGGGCCGCCGGGCGCCGUGGCGCCAGAAAGCUA